CGCUGUACACUACCGGAGGAAGUUACGAAUAUCAACUUCCGGGAUACUGUCCCACAUGUAAUGUUACGUAAUCAUGCGGUUCAAAUCUCGGUACUUGCUGUGUGAGCUGGUGCUGGAGGAUCCUCGUUGGAGACAGAACAUCUCCCAGGGGACAGUUGUGUAUAACGUAAGGGAAGCGAUAGCGCGAACUCAUGGGGAUUUCGGAGCCGCAGCUUGCGCUGUAUCCUUGUCAGUUAAAUACCUCAAUGUGUACACUGGAGUUCUUCUUCUUAGGUGUCGUAAGGAUUUUUACCAGCUCCUGUGGUCCUCUCUUCCUUUUAUUACUAGCUUGGAUAAUAGAGGCCAGCGCAUUCCAUGUUUCAUAAACACAUUACAUGUUGGGGGUACAAUACGCACUUGUCAGAAAUUCCUUAUUCAAUACAACAAAAAUCAGCUGCUACAGUUAAUGAAGAAUUGCACCAAUGCAGCGGAGAAAGAAGCUAUCCGCCAAUCAUUACAAAGCUGUUCCUUGAAAAGCUUGGAAGAACCCGAAUUUGUGCUCAGCAAAAAUGAGGAGAAUGAGUGAUGCAGUUGGUGAAGAAAUUGCAUUGGGAUAGUUAUGAAUACAGCUUAGAAAAUACGGAAUGCAAUACGUUUAAGUGUUUUAGAGAUAAGGGUCGAAUAAGAACUGCUGAAAUGCAGAAUGGAUCUAUUCACUCUGGUUUUGGGCAGUUUAAUGUAUUUUGAGAUAUUCUUAGCAGCUCUUUAGUUGGUUUUCAUGUUCUAUAGUUUUUGAAUUAUUUGCCUUCUGCCUCCAACCAGCUUUCACAUGAGGGUAGUUCUGUGAGGCUCAAUGUUUAUAAUUACUGCUACUUUUUAUUAUUUUUGUAUUCUAUUGUAAAUUUCUAUUCAUCUUCCAAUUUCUUAUUUAAACCACUGCCUGGUCCAAGAUAAAUUGAACCCUAGCAACAGGUAGCUGAAAUUUCAGACAGAAAACCUACCAACAAAAAAAGCUAAAUAAUAAAAAAAAUCACGGUGAAGAUCAAUUGCUAAUUUUCUUGAGUAUGAUAUUUUCUACAUCAUACUAAAAUUUAAUUUAAAUGUGAACUUUGCGUGUCCAAAGUAAAAUGUUUUAUUUUUCUAUCCUUUUUGACACAGUAGUGGCUUAUAUUGAUUUUUUUUUCAUCAGCACCCAGGCUGUUCACCUAUCUUAUGUGAAUAUAUCAUUUAGUGUGCUUCCCUUUGAAAAGCUAUAUAUUAGAUUUGCAAAUUAUUUUCAUAAAUUAUUUAUUUUCGUUAUAACUUUCAAACAAAAUAAAAAGCAUAUAGUGUGUGUUUCCUGUCA